AAGAGUUUCAAACGUUAUCUCCGUAACUCCAAGAAUGCCGGGGUGCUCACGAGAGUAAAAGAUUUGGAAGAGUUUGAGGAGCAAUUCGAUGAAGAGGAGUUCUAUCCCAUGGACCAGCCGUGGAUCCUGCGAAACCUCACAACCAAGCAGUUCGUCCGCGCGGAGGCGAUCGCGUUAAGACCUGAGUAUGUCCAUGGUCCUCGAAUCGAGGGUCUGGGCUUCGGUCACGUCGUCUUAGCACGCACCGGCUGGUCGAGCUAUCUGACGAGCAAUCUAGCUUAUAUGCUCAAAACCAACCAUGCUGUGGAUAUUGCUCGUGGAGUUUGGGCUGGCCACUGCUUCGACAUAACCACCUUGGCAAAACACGAAGAGACUACGAAGGCAGAGGAAUGGGCCGACGUGAGCCAGGAGGUAGUGAAGGAGAUCGAUACCAUCUAUACGGUGCGUUUUGGGCCAGACUGGAAAAAACGCUUUAUCGACAUGCCGUAUGAUGGUAGAGAUUCCUUGCUAAAGACAAGGCCGGGCUGGUAUAAAAGUCACUAGGUAGUGACUUCGAGCCGUGGGGAAGUUAUAUACCUAUCAAGC